AACCACAUGCCUAUGCAAGGACCUGGACCUAACCAGCUCAAUAUGACAAACAGUUCCAUGAACAUGCCUUCGAGUAGCCAUGGGUCAAUGGGUGGCUAUAAUCACUCCGUGCCAUCCUCACAGAGUAUGCCAGUGCAGAACCAGAUGACCAUGAGCCAGGGUCAGCCAAUGGGCAACUAUGGUCCCAGACCAAACAUGAACAUGCAACCAAACCAAGGUCCAAUGAUGCACCAGCAGCCUCCCUCCCAGCAAUACAACAUGCCGCAGGCGGGCGGCCAGCACUACCAGGGGCAGCAGCCACCGAUGGGCAUGAUGGGGCAGGUCAACCAAGGCAAUCACAUGAUGGGUCAGAGACAGAUCCCUCCCUACAGGCCUCCACAGCAAGGCCCACCACAGCAGUACUCAGGCCAGGAAGACUAUUAUGGGGACCAAUACAGUCAUGGUGGACAAGGUCCUCCAGAAGGCAUGAACCAGCAAUAUUACCCUGAUGGUCAUAAUGAUUACGGUUAUCAGCAACCGUCGUACCCUGAACAAGGCUACGAUAGGCCUUAUGAGGAUUCCUCCCAACAUUACUACGAAGGAGGAAACUCACAAUAUGGUCAGCAGCAAGAUGCAUAUCAAGGACCACCCCAACAGCAGGGUUACCCACCACAACAGCAGCAAUACCCAGGCCAACAAGGCUAUCCAGGACAACAGCAGGGUUAUGGCCCCUCCCAGAGUGGUCCAGGACCUCAGUAUCCCAAUUACCCCCAAGGACAAGGCCAGCAGUAUGGGGGAUACAGACCCACACAGCCUGGGCCACCACAGCCACCACAGCAGAGGCCUUAUGGAUAUGACCAGGGUCAGUAUGGAAAUUACCAACAGUGAAAAAUUACUCACAUUCCAGUAGGCAAUAUCUCUUAGCAGCCAUAUUGUCUCCUCAGCACUGUGGACAUCUUCCUGAGAUGAGAACCUCCCAUUCCAUCUAGUUUUUGGGAAAAAAAAAAAAUCUUGUGGCUGUUUUAGGGUUAUACAGUCUUUAUGGGUUAAUGGUUAAAGACUGUAGAUUCUCAGAAACUGAUUUCACAUCUCUACUCUAGAUGGCAAUAUUGGACAGAAAAUAUGGGACAUCAUUUGCAGUGAGUUGAGAACUGUGUGUCAAAUAGACUGUUACAGACUGAAAGGUGCAAAAACAGCUUUGUAUGUUUAUGAAGGUUAUGGGAAUUUAAUAUUUUUUCCACAGAUUUUUUUUGUAGGGGGGAAAGGGGAAAUGCACACUUUUUACAGCAGCAAUAUUUUGUAUAUUAUGUUUUUCAUGUGGUGAAUAUGCAAGGCAGUACACUACUGGCUGGGCAGGAUAAGAAAUCUACUGUUGAAAAGGGGUAGGGGCAUGAUAAGUGCUUGAUUGUUUUAAGUCUUGAAAUGGUGUCCAAUAAAGAUAACAGUGAAAA